AUGGGAGCACGAAAGAGACUCAUCACUACCCCUACCCCUGAACCCUCUUCCGAUCCCAAAGCCCAACAACAGCAAAUCGGGCCUCCAAUUGCACCACCCAAAUGGGGUUUUCUUCUCAAACUCUCUAUCUUUUCCAUCCCUUACUUCUACCUCAUUUUCUUCCAUUUCACUAUCGAAUCCGACCUCAGAAGAUCUAUUAUUAUCAAUGCUGGAUUGAGUCUCACAGCUUUCUUCGUUACGGUUAGAAUGAUCCCGGUUGCAUCUAGAUACGUUCUUAAGCGGAAUCUCUUUGGAUUUGAUAUUAACAAGAAGGGUACUCCUCAGGGCAAUAUUAAAGUACCUGAAUCAUUGGGUAUAGUUGUUGGUAUUGUCUUCUUGGUUGUGACAAUCUUAUUUCAGUAUUUCAACUUCACAGCAGAUUCAAAUUGGCUUGUUGAGUACAAUGCUGCUUUAGCAUGCAUCUGCUUCAUGACAUUGCUUGGAUUUGUUGAUGAUGUCCUUGAUGUCCCUUGGAGAGUAAAAUUACUACUUCCAUCAAUUGCUGCACUUCCUUUGUUAAUGGCAUAUGCUGGACACACAACUAUAGUUAUACCAAAACCACUUGUACCACACAUUGGCAUAGAGAUUUUGGAUCUUGGAUGGAUAUAUAAACUAUACAUGGGGCUAUUGGCCGUUUUCUGCACAAAUUCGAUCAAUAUACAUGCUGGAUUAAACGGCCUUGAAGUUGGACAGACGGUGGUUAUCACAUAUGCUAUUCUGAUACACAAUAUUAUGCAAAUUGGAGCGUCAACGGAUCCUGAAUAUAAGCUAGCACAUGCAUUCUCCAUUUACUUAGUGCAGCCACUGCUAGCUACGUCUUUGGCUUUACUUUCUUACAAUUGGUAUCCUUCUUCAGUAUUCGUUGGUGAUACGUAUACAUACUUUGCUGGGAUGACUAUGGCCGUGGUUGGUAUUUUAGGCCAUUUUAGCGAAACACUCUUGAUUUUCUUCCUGCCUCAAGUUUUGAACUUUCUCUUGUCACUACCACAGCUUUCUGGCUACAUUCCAUGUCCACGUCACCGUCUUCCGAGGUUUGACCCUAACACUGGACUACUGACCGGAACAAAUGAUGGAACACUUGUUAACUUCUUUUUAAGAAGUUUAGGGCCGAAAUCUGAGAAGUCACUUUGUGUAUAUCUUCUUAUUUUCCAGGGUAUUGCGUGCGGUUUCUGUUUCUUGCUGAGGUAUUUCCUUGCUGGUUGGUACAAAUGA